UAGGUGAAGGUGAGUGUCUCCUCCAGCCACCGCGGCCAGACCGACCGAGAGGCUCUUGGCGCUGGUUGUACCCUCUCGGCCGACUCGUACCCUCUAGCUAUGGCGCGCCCGUCGAUCUUUGCUGAGGUCCCGCAGGCUCAGCCCGUCCUUGUCUUUAAGCUCACUGCUGAUUUCCGGGAGGAUCCGGAUCCCCGCAAGGUCAAUCUGGGAGUGGGAGCAUAUCGUACGGAUGAUUGCCAGCCCUGGGUUCUGCCUGUGGUGAGGAAGGUGGAGCAGAAGAUAGCGAAUGACAAUAGCUUAAACCACGAGUAUCUGCCCAUCCUGGGCCUGGCUGAGUUCCGGACCUGCGCUUCCCGCAUUGCCCUUGGGGAGGACAGCCCAGCCAUCAAGGAGAAUCGGGUGGGAGGAGUGCAGUCUUUGGGGGGAACGGGCGCACUUCGAAUUGGGGCCGAGUUCCUCGCGCGGUGGUACAAUGGCACGAACAACAAGGACACGCCCGUCUAUGUGUCCUCACCAACCUGGGAGAACCAUAAUGCUGUGUUUGCUGCUGCUGGAUUUAAAGACAUUCGGCCCUACCACUACUGGGAUGCAGCGAAUAGAGGGCUUGACCUUGAGGGCCUCCUGAGUGAUCUGGAGAAUGCUCCCGAGUUCUCCAUCUUUGUCCUCCACGCCUGCGCACACAACCCCACCGGGACUGACCCCACCCCGGAGCAGUGGAAGAAGAUCGCCUCCAUCAUGAAGCGCCGGUUUCUGUUCCCCUUCUUUGACUCAGCCUAUCAGGGCUUCGCCUCUGGAGACCUAGAGAAAGAUGCCUGGGCCGUUCGCUAUUUUGUGUCUGAAGGAUUCGAGCUCUUCUGUGCCCAGUCCUUCUCCAAGAACUUCGGGCUCUACAAUGAGCGAGUGGGGAAUCUGACCGUGGUUUCCAAAGAAAGCGACAGCAUCCUGCGGGUCCUUUCCCAGAUGGAGAAGAUUGUGCGGAUUACUUGGUCCAACCCCCCUGCGCAGGGCGCGCGGAUCGUGGCCUGUACCCUCUCGACCCCUGAGCUUUUUAAGGAAUGGAAGGGCAACGUGAAGACAAUGGCCGACCGCAUCCUGACUAUGAGGUCUGAACUCAGGUCACGGUUAGAGGCCCUCAAGACCCCUGGCACCUGGAGCCACAUCACCGAGCAAAUUGGGAUGUUCAGCUUCACAGGCUUGAACCCCAAACAGGUGGAGUAUCUGGUCAACGAGAAGCACAUCUACCUUCUGCCCAGCGGUCGGAUCAACAUGUGCGGCUUAACCACCAAGAACAUAGAUUACGUGGCCUCCUCCAUCCACGAGGCGGUCACCAAGGUCCAGUGAGGAAGCGCCGCCCCACCAGCAGCACCAGAGCGGUCCUUUGCCCUGCGUGUCCCCUGCCUGCACAGACCUAGUUGUAUAUAUUGUGCGUUAGAGACUGCCGAGGGACCCACGGGGCUGCUGUCACAGGUGGCCUCUGUUUAAACUGGCCCAGAUGAAGAGAAUAUCCCUGGAGGAGAAAUAGGGCCCUAGGAUUAGAGCCCGUUUGGAGGCCAGAGCAAUGCAGGUUUUUAUUUAAGAAUUAAAAGGUACUUUGAUCAUGAGAUGUAGAUAAUCUUGCCCCCCUCCCCCCCUCCCGUCUUUCUCUGCUUUAGAAGCUGGAAUGUUGGCUUAAUGCCAUACAGUCUAGUCCCAAAGAUCAAGGUGUCUGAAGAGCCAAGUGUGAUUGUAGUGUUGGCUGUGGCAUUAACACUUGUCUCCUCCACCUUGAGCAUCUGUACCCGGCUUCUUCUGCAUGGCUGUGUCCCUAGCCCGCAGCUUGACUUCUUUCAGGCAACAGAGUUAAGAAAUUGAUUCUCUCUCUCUCUCUCUCUCACACACACACACACACACGCUUAGGCAAAGGUUCUAAGAAACAUGUUUGCCCUUGCUGUGUGUAGUGCUUUCUGUUAUGUUCCAGUCCAUUCUGCCCUAUCAUGUUGUUUCACUACAACUAAAUAAAAUUAAAGUGUUGAUUGAGAACCAGGAAGUUGAUUUUCUGAUCUG